AUGUCCAGCAGACAUGUCUGCCCCGUGCAGGGCUGUGGCAAGACUUUCAAACGACCAGAGCACCUGAGUCGACAUCGCCUGAAUCACCGACCCAAAAAGAUCUACAACUGUGGGACAUGCCACAAGGACUUCGUCAGGCUUGACCUGCUGCAAAGACAUCAAAGACGCCAUGAGCGUGGCAUGUCAUAUCGCAACUCUGGAGGUUAUGUCCCUGAUACGCCCUCGUCGCCAUCUGCUGCUGCAUCUCAACCUGCCAUUGCGACGGCCACGGAAGUAGAUUUGGCAAUUCAACCCACAGAAGUUGCACCACAACAUCAGCACGUCGAUGCCGUCGAUCCUGCUCUAUCGGCAGCCUCGAAUUCGACGCCCAUGAACUUCGGCAGCAUCGACUACCCAGACUUUCUGCAGGUGGCGGAGAUGGGGAACAAUCACCAUGUCAUCUUCGACGCCUCCGAUGGGGCCCAAGGUCUCGUGGAAGAUCUAGACUGGUUGUUCGGGAAUGUGUCGUUCCCGGACGAGUUUGCAAUGGACCCUUCUCUGGACAUUACCCUUCCCAACGACAUCUCCUUCGCUUCUCCAAACAGCACGCUAUCCCAGCAACUCAGUACGGACACGCCAUCUCUGGGGGGUGGCCCUUGGCUUGGUGUUCGUGCACGACUUCUGGACGCUCUACGCACAUUGCCACAAGACCUCCUGGAAUCGCCGUUCUUUGAACCCGUCAACCUCAAAGCCUUCUUCGAUAUCUACUUUUCCAACUACAAUGCUCAUUUUCCAAUCUUACACCAAGCCUCAUUCGCAUUAGGUGACGCGCCGCCGCUACUCCUCGUUGCGCUGCUCACUCUGGGCGCCACAUUAUCGCCCGAUUCGUCUCACUAUCAAACGGCCGAAAGGAUCCAUGAAAGCUUACGAUGGCUGAUCUUCAGCAGUGGAAGUUUUCAACCACCAGCGCCGUUGUGGUGUCUGCAAGCGUUACUGCUUGUUCAGGCCUAUGAGAAGAUGUUCUCUACCCGGCGACAUCACGAGAUGGCGCACAUAUUCCAUGGUGCCGUCAUCACUCUCAUGCGUAGAGGCGGUUCGUACUCUUCAGACUCGGCGGAUGAUGCCACGAAAGCAUCCUCGGCAGAGAGAGCGUGGCACUCAUGGAUUGAGCAAGAAUCGUUCAAGCGGGUCGCAUAUUUUGCCUUCAUCAUGGACGCACAGCACUCGUCGAUAUUUGGCCACACGCCUGCACUUUCAGUUAGCGACGUAAGGCUUGCUCUGCCAUGUGCGGAUGAGGUGUGGGAUAGCUCGACUCCCUCGUCCUGGAAGAAGAGGCUGUCCGAAUCGGCACCGCCAGUGCAAUUUCUGUCUACUUUGCGGGCUUUACUAUCACGUCGUCCGAUCACUUCGAGCUGUAGCCCCUUUGCCCGCUUUAUCCUCCUCCACGGGCUGUUCAACGUGACUAAACAUAUGCAGGGGCGUGAUCUUAUGGCUUCAGACAUCGAGACAGGAAGAACGUCCGACCACGGCGGCGGCGAAUCGACACCACCGUCAACUAUAGGCGACGACAACUGGAAGGAGAUUCUCGAUCGAGCCAUAGAUACUUGGUCAUUCUCUUUGAUGUCGCAACAACCCUCACUUUGCCUAGAGGCCGCGCGACCUCUACAUCGGAUGGCUCACGUCACGAUAUACGUCAACCUAAUUGACUUCCACACAUUUGCUGGCGCGCCGUCUCUCACUGGCAGCACCACCAGACACGAAUACGCCAAGGCAAAGCGAAGAAUUCAGGUCUGGUGCGAGAGACCAUCGGCCAAACGGACGCUGUCACACUGCAUACUCCUCAUCCAGGAGACCAUGUUCACGCGAAGACGGUAUCGCGCUUCCGAAGACAACAUUGCUCUUCGACCGUGGUGUCUUUAUCAUGCCACCCUGAUCCUGUGGGCAUUUGGGAUUCUGACAGAAGGCAAAUCAUCCGAGAGAGUCAGCGCUGAAGAUUAUCUCGUGCAUAUGCUAAGUGGACUGAUGGAUCAUCAUCAUCGGCUCAAAGGCACGAAUCGGACGCUGGGCCUCCUGACGGUGGUCAAGGAGUCCCUGUCUGAUUGUCGGUGGGAGCUGUUGCAAGAAGCAUGUACAACACUGGGAAAGCUAAUUGAGGUCUCUGCAUCUUGA